UAUAUCAUUUUGACAAAAAAUGAAAUCAUUUUUUUGUUAAAAGAAUAUUUAAUCAUGUAUUUACUUGUCUGCUGGUUUGAAGUUCGUGAAACAGUUGAUUGAUUAUAUUUUUCAAUCAAUUUGCAUUGCUAAAUUAGAAUGCAAUUAUGGGAAUAUGAUUCUAGAAUCAUGGUUAGAAAACUAUAUUUUCUUGAUCAUAAAUUAUGGUAUAUACAAUUAUGUUUUUUCAUAUAAUUAUUUUAUCUGAAUGUUAUUUUAUACUUUUUAUAACAACAUAGUAUAAUAUUCACUAUCCAUUGGAGUGUAUAUAUUUAUAUAAAGACUUAUUUAAAAUAAGGAAUAAUAUAUACUACAAUAAACAAUUAUUAAUGGUAUAAAUAAAAAAAUAUUUUUAUGAAUCUAAUUUUAAAUAUACUGGAAUUUAAAUAAAAUAAAAUUGAUAAUUUUAAAUAAAAUUUAAAACAAAAAGCAAAAACAUAUUUUUGUACAUCUCGAAAAUUGUUAGAUGGGCCUACUAUAAGAAAAUAAAGAGGCCCAAAUGAAAGCCUAUAGUUCAUACCAAAGCCUGCUUUUAGACUGUUCCAGAUCUCUCCAAAAAACAAUGCUAUCUUCUUCUCCCAUCUCCUCCGCCUUUACCCACCCACGCGCCGCCGCGUUAGCCACCACCUCCGGCGUAUCGAUUCCCCAUUCCUCCACCAGAAAAUUCCACCCAACCAACGUAAUCUUAUCCUACUUUCCACCUUCCUCGACGACACUACUCCUAUCUUCGUCCUCCUCACGCAGAUGUUUCACCUGCCGACUUGGCGACGACGAUGAGAGUGAAACCGAUGAAGAUGAUUAUUUGGUUGAUUUCUCGACAGAUGUGAAGACGGAGGAAUUGGUAAUAGGCGACGAUGGGGUUCUCAUUGAGGUGAAGAAGCUCGAGAAGAGCUCGCGGCGUAUCCGUUCGAAGAUUGGUAUGGAAGCGAGCCUCGACGCAGUGUGGAGCGUGUUGACUGAUUACGAGAAGCUGUCGGAUUUCAUACCGGGCCUUGUCGUGAGCGAGUUGGUCGAGAAGGAAGGGAACCGUGUUCGUCUUUUCCAGAUGGGCCAGCAGAACUUAGCAUUGGGUCUUAAGUUCAAUGCCAAAGCUGUUUUAGAUUGUUUCGAGAAGGAGCUUGAGAUUCUGCCAAACGGGAGGAGACGUGAAAUCGACUUUAAGAUGGUCGAAGGAGAUUUUCAGUUGUUUGAAGGCAAAUGGUCCAUUGAACAAUUAGACAAAGGGAUUCAAGGGGAGGCUUUGGAUCUACAGUUUAAAGAUUUUCCGACAACGCUUGCAUACACUGUAGAUGUAAAACCAAAGAUGUGGUUACCAGUGCGUCUUGUGGAAGGAAGAUUGUGCAAAGAGAUAAAGACAAAUCUUUUGAGUAUUCGAGAUACAGCUCAGAAAGUCAUUGAAGGUGUUAUUCAUGAUCUUUGAUUUUUCAUGUUCUACUGCUCUGCAGGUUAGAUAUGAUACAAUAAGCCUAUAAAAGUUUUGUUUUGGAUUAAUUUUAAAAGCUUAUGUAAUUGGCUUUACAUACACACGUUCUUCUCACUUGUAUACUCUGAUCUAUAAUCUUUGAAUAUACCAAGUUUUUCCGACA